CGACCUUGGCUUUUUGUGCGUACCACGUCCCUGCAUAUAUGUACCUAUCGUAUACAGUCAAUCCUGAAGCGCUAAGCCCCGCCUUGCGUUUUCUAUGGUAACACCUUAGCAGCGGAAUACUAACCAGCGGCCCAGAGCCGUUUGACCCUCCCCUUUUAGCAUAAUACAAAAUCAGUAAGAUAGUUGCAUGUCAAAAUACUGAGAGCCGGCUAACGUUACAAUCGGAAAUAAUUGCUUGCUAACUUCGAGCGUGAAGAACAAGUAUUGAUUGAAGAUGUUGCCUACGGAGACACAACGGGGUGCUUACUCCCCAGGCACAACCAAGCGCAACACGGUCAACAUGUACGACUCAGCUGCACCAAAGUUUGAAGCCAUCCCAGACGGGCCCUACGAGGCGCCCGACGUCACCCACCAGCAAGCCGCCCAUGCUCAUUUCGAUGACACGCGGGAGAUCAAGCUUAAAGACGCGUACGGCAGGGAACUCCCCAUCACGUCCUACCGGGAGCACUACCCGCCCAAGGAGGCCCUGCAGCCCGGUGAACCCCUGGAGCUGCCGGGGGGAGGGGCGCCCUUCACAGCGCGUACGACGUACGAUGACGAGUUCUGGAACAAGCCCCGAGCGGCGCGUCCCGUGGAGCCGCUGUCGUACACACACCGGCCUGCGCCCAUGAUCACGCGCGACACCACCAACCAGGACACCUACAAGCCCUUCGAGCUGGCCCCGCAGCCGGGCAGCGACACGGGCCGCCCCACCCGCCAGGCCACCUCGCCGCCCCCCCUGCUGCCCUCCAUCUACGACACCACCUACAGGGCGCACUACGUGCCCAAGGAGGGGGAGCCGCGCGUGCCGCCGGGCUCCAUUCCUCCGCGCGCCCCCAUGCCGUGGCUCAGCGACGGCACCACCUACCGCAACCACUACGUGCCCAAGCCGCUGGCGCUGCUGCCGCCGGCCGACUACGACCCCGGGCAGCCCUUCCCCUUCGCUGGCACCACGGAGUACCGCGCCGAGUUCCCGCCCAAGGAGGCUCCCCCGCAGCUGCCUCCGCUCACCGGCGUCACCUCCCGACAAGGACUGGCGCUGCCGCUGCCGCGCCGCUCGUUGGGCGUGGAGUUCGUGCACCGCGGCGUCAGCGACCGCACCUUCCUGCUGCUGCCGCGCACGCUGGAGGCGCCCUGCUCCGCGCGGCAGGUGUUCACCACUGUGCAUGACAACCAGGAGCAGGCCUGCAUCCUGGUGCUGUACGGCGACGACCCGGUGGCCUCCAACAACAUGGUGCUGGGGCAGUUUGACAUCGUAAACAUACCGCCCGCGCCCAAGGACGUGCCGCGGAUUGAGGUGACGUUCCGGCUGAGUCGUGAUCUGGUGCUGACGGUGGAGGCGCGGGACCUGGACACGGCGCGACACAAGAAAUGGAUCCAACGCGGCGAGGUGGUGGUGCUGCGGCAGUGAGGGGCACUGGGGCGCGGGGGCAGUGAGGGCGGCGGUGCGGAGCGGCGCUGCGAGCGGCUUAAGGGGGGUGGGUGAACAGUUGGUCCACAUGCGGGUGCAGGAAGCAGCCGGUGUGGGAGUGCGGGUGAAGUGGAUGGCAGCGGAAGCGCUGCUGGACGCGAGGGCAGCCUUGGAGGCGGAAUGCGACAUAGGUGUAUGUAUUGUAAUGUGUUUUGGAAUGGUGUACGUACUCGUCACAUAGGGCAGAUAGCAUGCCACCUGCACAUCAUGCCCUGUACAUGGGCAGCGCUUCUGGACUGCAGCGCUGCAGCUGCUCCGUGUCUUGGUGACAACUGCUUACGGGUAUGCAUGCGUGCGAGUGGGUGUGUGAUUGGCUGGUGGAAGCCGGCAAUGGGACUGAUGGCAUAGGCAAGAUGACGCAAUGGGGCGUCAGUGCAGGAUAAGCCUGUCGGUUUGCCAAUUGCUUUUACCUUAUCAGUAGGACGGCCGUGCAUGACUCGUGGCAGGCAUGUUGUGGUGCAGGUACUGCUGGCGACUAGCUGCUGAGAAGAUACAGACCGGGGACGCAGAGGGAGCGCAGGCGGGAGGAGGUGUUAAGGGGGCGAGGCCAGGGUAGUCAGCUGCUCUCGCGGAGGC